AUGCUCACUUGCUACGUGAGCUCGGACUUCAUGGGAUUUCUGCUCCAGGCUCGCCAAGUGGCCCAUCUCCAGACCGUUGGCACUUUUGUUUUCAUCCCCCCGCCUUCCAAACGGAUGGCUUGUGCUGAAGAGGCUGCAGUCACCCACUCGGACAAGUCCCUGAAGAGCAAACUGGCCUUCCUGGGGAAGGCGCCUGCCCAGCCGGUGGGGACGUGUCCAACCUCAGUAGACAUGGCAGCUGGGAGGAAACAGAAUCCUGUCCUGACCCUCUCGCCCCGCUGCUUAUCAGUAGUCCAGUCAUAUUUUGUUUACUGGGCAUGGAUUGAAUCGUCAGUUGUGUCCCAGCAGACACACAGCAGAACCCGUGCUGCCGGCCAUACGGAGGCCCGCUCAGUCAUGCCAGCCCCACGGCAGAGGCCCUGCCAUGAUGGAGGAAUGGGUCCGGAAGAGGACCACCUAGAUUCUGUUGAUACCAGUAUUGGGGCCAUGCAGCUUCCCAGGGGUACAGAGACACUACCUCAACCAUCUUUACACACACCUGCUGCAGGAAGCAAUGGCCAGCACCCCAGCACCGACAACAACCCAACCUUAGAACCAUCUCGGGAUGCUCAAAUGUUGGAGAGGCUGCUGGCCCUCAGGAGGAUCUCCUCACAGGGGCCUUUUGUUUAUUCUUCUGAUGACCUCCCCUCUCUCGCUGGGGUCUCCAGUGGCCACCCGGUCACCAUCCACAGCAAGUGCAUCUUCAUGGACUUGAGCUCUCGGGGGAGCAGGCGAAGGGUUGGGCUUUCAGCUGGUGCCGGGGCUACGACAGAGGCCCCUCAUGGGACCAUGAGGAGGCCUCCUCUGUCUACCUUCCAGCAUCCUGGUCCUCAGCACCUCUGGACCUCGGGAGUGUUCACAGAGGACAGAUCUGAGGUUGGCCAAGAGGGAACAUGGGCUCCUCCGGGCCUCCUGAUGAAAAGGUCCCACCUGGGUCUCUUGCUUUGCCUUCCGGUCCUCCUGGGCAUGGCGCUGGCUGCUGGCCUACACCAGCUGCACACACGGUAUUGCCACGUGCGGACGCAGGUGUCCUCCAGGGAGUCCGCUGGGGGUGCCAUCGCCAGGGGCGAGGGUGGUGAGCCUGCCCGGGUCAGGAGGGCAGGGGACAACAGCUUGGUUUUGACUCCCGCGGACUAUAACUGGACCCCUCCUUCGGUGGGCAGCAAGAUGGUCCUCCGAGAAGACCAAGUACCAGGUCUCUCGGGGGCCCUCCCUAGAUGUGCCGAGAACAGAGCCCAGCUGGGCCCCCCAUGA